GGCUACUUGACAGAUGCGAUCACCCGGUCUGCCUGGGGCAAAUUUGGCGGCCACUUUCAGGCAGGGCAGUUUCCUCUCCCACCUCCUCCUCCUUGCCAUCCUCCCCCGGAGUCCCUGGCUGCUGUCUCCUGCACGCGUGUCGCCAGGCUUGGCAAGCCGAGAAGGACCCCCUGGGAGGCUCUGCGCCCAGCCCGCCCAGCCCUCCCGCCCGGAACACUCCCCUGGAGUCUGCCAGCACCCCUUCUUUUUGUUGGGACCUGAGGGCCGGGCUCCGCCCCUUCGCUCAGAUCCGGAGCUCCAUGCCACCCGGGGCCAUCGCCAUAGCCACCCAGCUAGCACUAGUCCAGCACUCUAGUACUAGCUGAGCAACGUGGGGCGUGGGCCUCGACCGCGGGGCAGGGAGCAAGGGGGGGGGGGGGGUUGGGUGAGGGGAGGAGGGGCAAGGAGGAAAACGGAGCAGGUCCGCAGAGAAGUAAAGGAGCUAAGGAGCAAAGGCUGGCGCCGCACCGCCCAGCUCCCCUCAGGCUUGCUCGCUCUGGAGACUUGCGGGCUGCCUCCUGGGCUCAUUCACCGGGUCACCUUGUCCCGGAGGUGGUAUGGAUUCCAUGAGGCAAUGUGAUCCUGACAUACCAGCCUUACAGCCCAGCGUGACAUCCAGUUGGGCAGGAAGGGCACCAUGGAUGGCUUAAUUGAACAGAAGGGUGUGCUGCUGCACAAUAAAAUCAAUGAGGCUGGCAAGCAGAAUGGCUUAAUUCACACCAGAAACUUCAUGGCUGAGAGUAGAGAUGGCCUGGUAUCUGUUUACCCAGCACCCCAGUACCCGAACUGUCGGGUGGUAGGCAGUGCAGCAGUGGCCACCCUGGAGAGCAGCAGGGAUGAGCCAGUCCAGCACCUUCUGGACCCCAACACCCUUCAGCAGUCAGUGGAGUCCCACUACCAUCCAAACAUCAUCCUCUACUCUGAGGGCAUGCUGUGCUCCUGGGGAGAUGGUGUGGCUGCCGACUGUUGUGAGACCACAUUCAUUGAGGAUCAGUCCCCUACCAAAGAGAGGCUGGAGUACCCUGAUGGAAAGUUCAUUGACCUCUCAGCUGAUGACAUCAAAAUUCACACCCUGUCCUAUGAUGUGGAGGAGGAAGAGGAAUUCCAAGAGCUGGAGAGCAACUACUCCAGUGAUACAGAGAGUGAGGACAACUUUCUCAUGAUGCCCCCACGGGACCACCUGGGCCUCAGCGUCUUCUCCAUGCUCUGCUGCUUCUGGCCUUUGGGCAUUGCAGCCUUCUACCUUUCCCAUGAGACCAAUAAAGCCAUGGCCAAGGGGGAUUUCCACCAGGCCAGCACCAGCUCUCGGCGGGCCCUGUUCCUGGCUGUGCUCUCCAUCACAAUCGGAACAGGCAUCUACGUGGGCGUGGCUGUGGCCCUCAUCGCCUACCUCUCCAAGAACAACCACCUAUGAGCUUUUUCUGGGCACAGAGGAGAAAAAGUUGGGGCCAAUUUUAUGUAGAUGCAAAGCAAGAAGGGCUAGCAAGGGAGAAACACCUGCGUGAUGAUGUGUAGUAUAAAUUAUUGCCAAAAACUCCAUAACACCCUGAAAUUUUCUACCCAUAAAUUUCUUUUGUUUUUACCCUUUAAUUUUCAUAGCACUGUGUAGAACAUGAAAUAGAUAGGCAUUGCUAACCUUUGCAAGUGGAAGCUUCAGAGAUCCUUACCCUUGAUGCUGUCUUUGGAUGGAUCCUGGUAGAUUAACAACAGUGCAGCUCUCUCUGCAGCCUGCCAGUGCCUGGAAUGCCAUUGCAUUAGCAAUAUACAAAUAGUAAAAAUGUGUUUAUUUUUUAUGGAAUAUAGUACAAUAAGCAGAAGGCAGGGGAUGUGUCAUUCUUCUAUCUGUUGCCCUGCUUGACUCCUCUGGCAUGCCCCCAGUCUAUGCACCUUCCAUACAAAAAGAAAACAGCGCUGAGCAAGAAGAGACAAAACUGUUGGCAGAAACACCACUGUCAUUGGUUUUCACUGGGUCCAGCCCUGAGAAUUCAAAGUCAUACUAGUGUGGGACCUGUCCCCAGGCUCAGUCUUUCAUUCCCUCCAUUCCCCAACCUAGGAUCAUCUGGCAUCCCUUGGAAGAUGUACAAACUCAGCAGUCACCACACAGCAAUUUGUAGUCUUGGGCCUCAUUUAUCUAGGUUUGGGGUGGGGGGGAGCAGGCCACAGUCUGUCCCAAUAUUUUUCCCAGAAGGACUGAAGGUUUGCUCCAGGAACUCAAGACAAAGGAGCUAAGGACACCAUCUCAGCAUAAAGACACACGCUUUGGCACUCACCUUGGUGAUAAGCAGUGGCACUAAUGAUCUAAAAAGGAGAUGAACAUUUUCUGUUGACUAAAUGAAUAGUUAUUUUCUUGUCAUUUUUGAGUGCAACUAUUGCUCCAGGCUGCUUAAAUUAUCAAAUGAAUGCUGAGAAAUAAGUAACCACAAACAUUUUAAU